CAAGAUCCCAAACCAGUGACCCCACCAUUGGGAAUCUCUUACAAGGGUAAAAAAUUCCUCAAAUUUCCAAAACCCUAAUAAAGAAUAUAAAUGUGAACACUCUUUAGAUUUGUUAACCGGCAGAAAACAAGGGAAAAGCUAGUCAAAAUCAACGGCUGUGAUUGAAGGACGCCGUAUUAUUUAAAUUACAAAACCCACCAGCAUUUUCAUACUGAUUCUUCUUAGCAGCCUCCACCCCUAAUUUCGAAAACCCAGGCAGCAACAAACGCCAGCCAUGUGUGGAAUACUUGCAGUCUUUGGCUGCGUUGACAACUCUCAAGCUAAACGCUCCCGUAUCAUCGAACUGUCUCGAAGAUUGAGGCAUAGAGGUCCUGAUUGGAGUGGACUACAUUGCCAUGAAGAUUGUUACCUUGCUCAUCAGCGUUUAGCCAUCGUAGAUCCGACUUCAGGCGAUCAGCCCCUUUAUAACGAGGACAAGACUGUUAUUGUCACGGUUAAUGGAGAGAUAUAUAACCAUAAACAAUUGAGAGAAAAGCUGAAGUCCCAUCAGUUCAGAACUGGAAGUGACUGUGAAGUGAUUGCUCAUCUUUAUGAAGAAUAUGGUGAAGAUUUUGUGGACAUGCUGGAUGGCAUGUUCUCGUUUGUCCUUCUCGACACUCGUGACAAAAGUUUCAUUGCUGCUCGAGAUGCUAUUGGAAUUACCCCACUUUAUAUUGGAUGGGGCCUUGAUGGUUCUGUAUGGUUUGCUUCUGAGAUGAAAGCUUUGAGCGAUGAUUGUGAACGAUUUAUGUCUUUCCUUCCAGGGCAUAUAUAUUCGAGCAAGCAAGGAGGGAUUAGAAGAUGGUAUAACCCCCCAUGGUUUUCGGAAGAGAUACCUUCAAAUCCAUAUGAUCCCAGAGUUCUAAGGGAGGCUUUUGAGAAGGCUGUGCUUAAGAGGCUCAUGACAGAUGUCCCGUUUGGAGUGCUUUUAUCUGGAGGGCUGGACUCAUCACUUGUUGCUGCUGUAGCUUCCCGUCACCUAGCCAAUUCAGAAGUUGCUUGCCAGUGGGGGUCACAGUUACAUACCUUCUGCAUUGGUUUGAAGGGUUCUCCUGAUCUUAAAGCUGCAAGAGAGGUAGCAGAUUAUAUUGGAACUCGUCACCAUGAGUUUCAUUUCACUGUCCAGGAAGGGAUAGAUGCUCUGGAGGAAGUUAUCUACCACAUUGAAACAUAUGAUGUGACGACUGUUAGAGCCAGCACCCCCAUGUUUCUUAUGUCAAGAAAAAUAAAAUCUUUGGGAGUGAAAAUGGUUCUUUCGGGAGAAGGUUCCGAUGAAAUCUUUGGAGGUUACUUGUAUUUCCAUAAAGCACCUAACAAAGAGGAGUUUCAUGAAGAAACUUGUCGAAAGAUCAAAGCUCUACAUCUUUAUGAUUGCUUGAGAGCAAAUAAAUCAACUUCUGCAUGGGGACUUGAGGCUCGUGUACCCUUUUUAGAUAAAGAGUUCAUCAACAUUGCAAUGAGUAUAGAUCCUGAGUGGAAAAUGAUAAGGCCUGAUCUUGGAAGGAUUGAGAAGUGGGUCUUACGUAAUGCAUUUGAUGAUGAUCAGAAGCCAUAUCUGCCUAAGCACAUUUUGUACAGGCAGAAGGAGCAGUUCAGUGAUGGAGUUGGGUACAGUUGGAUUGAUGGUUUGAAGGACCAUGCCCACAAGCAGGUCACUGAUGCAAUGUUGAUGAAUGCGAACUUUAUCUACCCUGAGAAUACUCCAACCACAAAAGAGGGAUACUAUUACAGAACUAUCUUUGAGAAGUUCUUUCCAAAGAAUGCUGCAAGGUCUACUGUUCCAGGCGGUCCAAGUGUGGCAUGCAGUACUGCUAAAGCAGUGGAAUGGGAUGCAGCAUGGUCAAAAAAUCCUGACCCCUCUGGUCGUGCUGCUCUCGGUGUUCAUGCCUCUGCUUAUGAGGAAGCAGCAGAUGUCAGUUGCACUGAUCUGAUCAAUGGUUCUCCCCAGAAGAUACAAAAAGGAAUUGUGGAGAAGACUGCGACAGUUUGUGUGAGGCAAUUUUAGCAUCUUUAUUUGACUCGACAGCUCUGACUAGUAGACCAAGUUCAUUGCUCGAGUGAUAAGGUAAUUAUUUCGUUAUUGAAGUGCUCCAGAGUCAUCAUAUCAAUCCAAUUGUUGGAAGCUGCUUUGUUUAGGCUAUGUUGAGUUGUUUAUCGUGCACUAGAACUAGCUUCUUUCUUCUUGUUCUGGUUUUCUUAUGCAUGUUUUAAUGACUAAAAAGUUGUGUAAUGUUGUUUCCUAGUGUCAAUUUAUUUAUAAU